CAUUAAUGCUCCCCGAUGCGCAAGAAAAACCCUAACCUCAAACUAGGGGAGAGCACCGGUCCGGCACCUAUAAAUACUUCCAACGCCGCCAAACCCUAUCCUUUCGUCUGCUGUCGAAACCCUAGCUUUUUUGCCGUCUCAGAUCGUUCCGUCUCUCCUGGCGCCAUGUCCAUCGGAGAGCUCGCCUGCACCUAUGCCGCCCUCAUCCUCUACGACGAUAACAUCCCCAUCACGGCGGAGAAGAUCAUGACCCUUGUGAAGUCCGCGAACGUGAAGAUCGACUCCUACUGGGCGCCCCUCUUCGCCAAGCUCCUCGAGAAGAGGAGCGUCGAGGACCUCAUCUUGAGCGUUGGAUCUGGAGGAGGUGGUGCUGUCGCUUUCUCUGCUGCACCGGCCGGUGGUGCUGAUGGCGCUGCUGCCCCUGCCGCCACCCCUGCGGCCGAGGAAAAGAAGGAGGAGCCGCAGGAAGAGAGUGACGAUGACAUGGGAUUCAGCUUGUUUGAUUAGAGAGAGAGGCGUUCCGGUUUCUUUGUUAUGCUUUUCUAUAUGAAGAUUAGGUACUAAUAUAGUUGAUAAAUGUGUCUUUCUUUUUGGAUUUUUGAUGUUAAAAUGUUUGGAUAUGGUUUGGAUACCUUAGAAGGGAGCACUAUGAUUAAGCGUGGUUUUGUCUAAUGGAAAUUUCAUUUAUAUCUGUUGAUCUUUAAUUCUCUUUUAUUGAAGUUAUGUUCAU